AUGAACUGUAGCUGCUUUGGUUCCUCAGUUGUGCAUCGGAAAAAGGGCGAUGUCCGUGCUGAGAGAGAUUUAGAAGGGCUUGCAAAAGUGAAAAAUUUCAAAUACAAUGAACUACGAACAGCAACAAAUAAUUUCCAUCCAAGCAAUAAGAUAGGGCGAGGAGGUUUUGGGACAGUUUACAAGGGAAUCCUAAAAAAUGGAAUACAAAUCGCAGUGAAGACACUUUCUGCUGAAUCAAAGCAGGGGGUGCAUGAGUUUUUGACCGAGAUUGAUACCAUAUCAAAUGUCAAGCAUCCAAACCUUGUUGCGUUAAUUGGAUGCUGUGUUCAUGAAACAAACCGGAUUUUGAUAUAUGAAUACUUAGAAAAUGGCAGCCUUGACCGCGCACUGUUAGGUGGGUUGAAAAGCUAG